AGGGGAGAGAGAGAAAUCAAAGAGGAAAGAGAAACCUGAAACAUCCAGAAACCUGAAAAUCUAAACCUGAGGAUUUUGUAUCACCCCACUACCUUUACCCCGCACUUCUUCAACUGCUGCUUUCCUUUUUUUUAUUUUUUAUUUUUCUUUAUUUGUUUGUUUCUUUGCUUUUUUGUGUUUUUUUUUUCCGGGGACUGACUCCCAAUCCGUGAGGCAAAGGAGGAAAGAACUGAAGGGGAGACCACUGGCAGAAACCAGAGAGAACAAGGAACGUGAAAGAGCAAAAAAAAGCACUGAAUCUGAAGAUGUUCGAAAUUAGCCGAACACUCAACGCAGCGUUGUUGAGCAAUGAGCAUCUCAAGAUGAUGGCGAGGUACGGGCAGCUCUCGGGACUAGCAGCCAGUGGCGCGGGCUCCGUCCCCGAGACGCACUCGCCGCUAUUUCCCAGGGAUCCCCUGUCGACGCCAGCCCAGCUGGGCUACAGGUCACCCCUGGGGUCGACAGAGACUCAGUGGCGUCAGGCAGAGCUCCCGCAGCUCCAGGGCUGGGCAGAGAAAGGACUGCUGACACAGCCAAAGAUGAUCAUCAGUAACAUGGAGGCCCCGGUGUCAAACGGCCCCAGCGGCAACACCUCCAACGGACCGACCACCAACAGCCGCGGCUGCCCCUCCCCGAUGCAGACCGGCGGCGCCACGGACGACAGCAAGACCAACCUCAUCGUCAACUACCUGCCCCAGAACAUGACCCAGGAGGAGUUCCGCAGCCUGUUCGGCAGCAUCGGAGAGAUUGAGUCCUGCAAGCUUGUCCGUGACAAGAUCACAGGACAGAGUCUUGGAUACGGGUUUGUUAACUACAUUGACCCAAAGGAUGCAGAGAAGGCCAUCAACACAUUAAACGGACUGAGACUCCAGACCAAAACAAUCAAGGUGUCGUACGCACGGCCAAGCUCCGCCUCCAUCCGCGAUGCCAACCUGUAUGUGAGCGGCCUGCCCAAGACCAUGACCCAGAAGGAGCUGGAGCAGCUCUUCUCCCAGUAUGGACGCAUCAUUACCUCUCGCAUCCUGGUCGACCAGGUCACUGGCCCCACAGGCGGCUCCCGGGGCGUGGGCUUCAUCCGCUUUGAUAAGAGGAUAGAGGCCGAGGAGGCCAUCAAGGGCCUGAACGGGCAGAAGCCGUCCGGCGCCGCCGAGCCAAUCACCGUCAAGUUCGCCAACAACCCCAGCCAGAAGACCAGCCAGGCCCUGCUGUCCCAGCUGUACCAGUCCCCCAACCGGCGCUACCCUGGGCCCCUGCACCACCAGGCCCAGCGGUUCAGGCUGGACAAUUUGCUUAAUAUGGCCUAUGGCGUAAAGAGGUUCUCCCCCAUCACCAUUGACAGCAUGACCAGCCUGGUGGGCAUGAACAUCCCGGGCCACACAGGGACCGGCUGGUGCAUCUUCGUGUACAACCUCUCCCCCGACUCCGACGAGAGCGUUCUCUGGCAGCUGUUUGGGCCGUUCGGCGCCGUCAACAACGUCAAGGUGAUCCGCGACUUCAACACCAACAAGUGCAAAGGCUUCGGCUUCGUCACCAUGACGAACUACGACGAGGCGGCCAUGGCGAUCGCCAGCCUCAACGGCUACAGGCUGGGCGACCGCGUCCUCCAAGUCUCCUUCAAGACCAACAAGACGCACAAGUCUUGA